GGCGACGUUUCUGGGCCUAGGUCGCUGGGGGGGGGGUGGGGGGCGAGGGUAGAGAAAAAGGAGAUGCCGUUGAAAGCGGCAGAGAAAUCUGAGGAGAUGCGGGUUGGGUUCCGGAGAUCACCGGGACAGACAGCCGAUGAAUAUGGUGUGCAGGAGGUUGCAAUGAAUUCAGAUGAUGUACCCAUGAAAGAAGCAAGACCAAUACAGAUAGUGUUGGCACAUGAAGAUAAUCAUCAUUUUGAUCUCGAUGAAGAAUCCUUGGAGCGAAUUCUAUUGCAAGAACAUGUUCGGGACUUGAAUGUUGUGGUUGUCUCUGUGGCAGGAGCAUUUCGUAAAGGCAAAUCCUUUUUGUUGGACUUCAUGUUGCGUUACAUGUACAAUCAGAAUCCUGAUACUUGGCUCGGUGGGGAUGAUGAGCCGUUAACAGGCUUUACUUGGCGAGGUGGCUGUGAGCGCGAAACUACUGGAAUACAAAUUUGGAGUGAAGUUUUUGUCAUCAAUAAAUCUGAUGGAAGCCAGGUUGCAGUGCUUUUAAUGGAUACUCAGGGGGCCUUUGACAGCCAGUCAACCAUAAGAGACUGUGCCACAGUUUUUGCUCUCAGCACCAUGACAAGUUCGGUUCAGGUAUACAAUUUGUCGCAGAAUAUUCAAGAAGAUGAUCUGCAACACUUGCAGCUUUUCACAGAGUAUGGCCGACUAGCAAUGGAGGAAGUGUAUCAAAAGCCCUUCCAGACUCUUAUGUUUUUAAUAAGAGAUUGGAGUUAUCCCUAUGAACAUCCAUAUGGAUUGGAAGGAGGGAGGAGCUUCUUAGAAAAACGGUUGGAGAUAAAACAAAAUCAGCAUGAAGAGCUACAAAAUGUGAGGAAACAUAUUCAUUCCUGUUUUGCCAAAAUCACUUGUUUCCUAAUGCCACAUCCAGGUUUGAAGGUUGCCACAAAUCCUAGCUUUGAUGGAAGAUUAAAAGAUAUUGAUGAUGACUUCAAGAUAGGGCUCCAUGAUGUUGUGCCAUUUCUACUGUCUCCUGAAAAUUUAGUAGAAAAGGAAAUCGGAGGGUCCAAAGUGACUUGUAGAGACCUUCUGGAAUAUUUCAAGGCUUACAUCAAAAUUUACCAAGGAGAGGAACUACCUCAUCCAAAAUCUAUGCUACAGGCAACAGCUGAAGCCAACAAUCUAGCUGCUGUAGCAGGAGCAAAAGAUGUCUACACCAAAGCAAUGGAGAUGUUCUGUGGGGGAGAUAAGCCUUACAUAGCACCAGCAGAUCUGGAGCAGCAACACCUGAACUUGAAAGCAGCUUCUAUCAAGCAGUUUCGAUCUGUCAAGAAAAUGGGUGGGGAAGAAUUCUGUCAGCGCUAUCAAGAACAGCUUGAGCAAGAAAUGGAUGAGAACUAUGCAAACUUUGUAAAGCACAAUGACAGCAAAAAUAUUUUUUAUGCUGCUCGCACACCUGCCACACUCUUUGCUGUGAUGUUUACCAUGUACAUAAUCUCAGGAGUGACUGGAUUCAUUGGCUUGAACUCGAUAGCUUCUUUAUGCAACCUUGUGAUGGGAAUGGCUCUAAUAUCCCUCUGCACCUGGGCUUACACAAAGUAUUCUGGUGAAUUCAGAGAAUUUGGAACAAUCAUUGAUCAAGUGGCUGAAACUAUAUGGGAACAGGUGUUGAAGCCACUGAGUGACAAUUUGAUGGAGGACAACAUAAGACAGACUGUAGCAAACUCCAUCAAAGCAGGUUUGACUGAACAGGGCUCCCAACAUACCAAAUUAAAGACAAACUGACAAUCCUUGUCUGGUUCUAUUGGUGUCAAAUGCUUGCUAUAGGUUAUGGACUUUGAAUCAAUUUAAAAUUAAUCUGCGUAGAUUUUGAAGUGAAAGGCCCAACUUCACUGGACACUGCCAAAAAGGUCUGAAGAACGAAGAAGGAAAUAUUCAUGGAGAUGAUUUUUUCAGUGGGUAGGUAGUUACAUUGCUAAACAAGAUCUAAGAGGUUUGUAAUAUUUGUAACUUGAAUGUUGACGUAAGAACACUAGUCAAAUUUCCUUUUCAGGUCUUGUGAAAGGCUGGUUUGCACUGUAGUAUACUGUACAGAUAAAUCAAUGGGAUCAUUGAGGUAGCCAAGCAUAGUUAAGCUUGAUGAGCCAAUUCAUUUUUUUGUUAAUGCUUUUGCUCGUAUUACCAGUAUUAUACAUUGCAUGAAUCCAAACUACACAAGCCAUUGGAUUAAUUUUGAGGACAAGAUUACUGUUAGAUGGGGUAAUUUGAAGCUUGCCUUGCCUUUUUCCUGAAAGCAGCCCUAGAACAGUUGUAUGAACAGUGACAGUCGAACUGCUGGGAAGUUUAACCGUUUCACUACUGCCACUUUAGUCCAUCCAAUAUGCCUUUUUCAUUUUUUUGUGGGGGGAAGGGGGGAGUAAACCACCCAAAAAGAACCGUUUCCUGUAGCUACCAGUUAGCAUUGUCUGUACAGUGCAUUUAUUUUUUUUAAAUUUAAUUUUCUAUCAAAUCAUAGAGGUGGGGCAUGUAUAUUAAAUAUAAAUAUAUAAAUACCAAAUUUUGUAUCAAAGUUUUUGUAGUUAAUGGCAAAAUCUGGUACAGUGGUAGGCUCUGUGCAGUUUAUGUAAAGGAAUGUUAUUUGUGAUUGAUGUAAACAUAAGUGCACCAAAUUUGAGGUUUUGAUAUAUUUGUGAUAUUACCUGCCUUGAGCAUUGCAGUCCCACCCCUUAUGGCAAAGCAAUGGGAAUGUUAUUUCGUGGAAUUCGGUUGUCUUCUGUUGCAUUUUAAAGUUAUUUCCUGUAAUUUAUUUUUCAAUACACAAUUAAAGUACUCUAUGAAGUU